AUGAGAAGAUUGGUUCUAGAAGCACUCAAAGAUUCAUCCUCUUCGAGACCAGCAAUUUUUGCAAUGUCCAAUCCUACUAAAAAUGCUGAGUGUACACCUGGAGAAGCAUUUUCAAUUCUUGGUGAAAAGGUCAUCUUUGCUAGUGGAAGCCCAUUUGAUGAUGUGGAUCUUGGUAAUGGGAAGAUUGGCCACUCCAAUCAAGGGAACAACAUGUAUCUCUUUCCUGGAAUAGGGCUUGGAACCCUUCUGCCUGGUGCUCGGGUUAUCUCCGAUGGAAUGCUGCAGGCUGAAGCUGAACGCUUGGCUUCAUACAUGAAAGAAGAGGUUCUCCAAGGGAUAAUUUAUCCUCCAAUCUCCAGUUUUAUAAUUCUAAAACUGAUCUUCCAGUUUGUGUUGUAUGUACUCCUAAUAUGUACUACAUGCAGAAUACGUGACAUCACUAAGGAGGUGGCAGCAGCAAUUGUGAGGGAGGCAGUAGCUGAGGAUCUAGCUGAGGGAUACCGUGACAUGGAUUCAUGUGAGCUUGCAAGACUCAGCGAGGAAGAAACUGUUGAAUAUAUCAAGACGAACAUGUGGAGUCCAGUCUAUCCAACAAUAGUGUACAAGAAAGACUAG